AUGUUAGUGAUUUCAAUUUUAAUAAGGAUAUGUACUAUUUCUUCUGUAAUAUAUACAUAUAUACAUUUCCUUUCACUCACAAAUAUUUUUCCAGAGUCAAUAUCCCACAGCUAUGUAAGCAAUGAAAGACACAACACAACUCAGCUGCCGACAAUACCUAUACCCAUUGAAUAUGAAGUUCUAUCAUCGUCCCAGUGUUACGACAAGCCCAACUACACCAGCCAUACUCACACCAUGAGUGCUCCGUAUGAGCUGGGGCAGUAUGACGUCAUCAAUAAACAAGCUAAUGAGAACUUGAAGCAGCAGUGCGAGAAGGCCUUGCAUGAUCUGAACCAGUUACGACGACAACACACAGAGACAUCCCGACGCUGUGAGCAUGUUAUGAAAGAGUUGGAAUACUUCCGCGGUCAACAUCGAGCGGCGAUGAAUCAACUUGAGGUGUCCGCUCAGGAGGCGAGCAGUCUGCGCGGCAAGUACGGGGACCUGCUAAAUGAUAACCAACGGCUGGAACGCGAGGUGCAAGUUCUACAAGGCGGCGGCGCCGAGGGCGGGGAGGCUCUUGUACACGCACUCAGAGACUUCGACGCGCUCAAAGAGGAAUUUGAAUGUUUUCAGAAGAGAUAUGAUGACCUCAUCGAAAACCACAACACAACCUUGGAGAAGCUUCAGAUUGUUCAGGAAGAGAAUAGUAGGCUGAAGACACAAUGCCAUGACCUCACGCAGGAGAGGAAUUCAGUUAUCCGUGAGCGGAACGCCCUGAAGCAGCAGGUGGCCAGCGUGGUGCGGCAGUGGGAGGGAGGAGUGAGGGAGAGGGCUGACAUUAAGAGACUCACGGACGAAAGGAACGCCGCUAUGGCUGAGUACACGCUCAUUAUGAGCGAGAGGGACACGGUUCAUAAGGAAAUGGAAAAGCUAUCUGAUGAUCUGCAAGCAGCUUUAAAGCGGGUAGCGGCGCUGGAAGCAGCGCUUCAAGCGUCCCGCGACGAACAGCGAGCUACCGCACUGCAGGCCGAGAGUCUCCGUCGUGAGAUCGAGUCAGCUCUUGCGGAUCGCGACCGAGCCAUCAAGGAGUGCACCGACCUCAAAACACCGCAGAACACGAACACGCUGGGGAAGUCACGACAAGACAACUCUGUAUAUCACCACUUGGGCCUCUCGACGGGCGUUGGCACCGACGGCUUCUUGAACGGACAGCAUUCCAAUGAUCCGUCUAUGGAUAAGUUGCAAGGUCUGGUCCUCGGUGAAUCAGACAAGGUCCAGUCGGAUAACUUGGAGCAAGCCAACCAGGAGCUGCAGCGGCUGAGGGCCCGCUCACACCGCCUGCAGGCCGAGCUGGCGGACGCGCUGCGGGAGGCUGACGUGGCGCGACGGAGGAGGGACUGGGCCUUCUGCGAGAGGGACAAGCUGCUGCAGGAGAGGGAGAGCGUUAAGGCGCUCUGUAACAGACUCAGGAAGGAGCGAGACCAGAUGGUGGGCGACUUGGCGGAGGCGCGGAGACACGGAAACAACAAGAAGGAGGUCAAGGACAAGCCGCGGGCGAGGUCACACGAGGACAAGUGUCGACUGGCCUGGUACAGAGACUAUGGAGACUUACAGAAGUUGGAAUGGGAGGAAUUGGAGGUGGAGCUGGAAGGUAGUCCUGACGCCUUGGGGCUCGAGUUCUGUGGAGGGAGGGAGGCGGGCGCCGACCAACACGUGUACGUGACCUCCGUGAGGACCGGCUCGCUGGCCGACGGGAAGAUACUUCCUCUAGAUCGUAUCACGGAGGCCUGCGGCGGCUCGGGGUGGUCCCGGGGCGGAGUCCUAGCGGGCUGUCUGAGGGCGGCGCUGUCCCGGGGCGGAGCCCUGCUCAGAAUACAACGAGCGCGCGCCAGGAGAAUAGACAUACGACUGGCGCCGCGGGACCACGCCGCGCUCACACUCUCACACGGUAUUUUCAUCAGCAAAAUAAGUCGCGGCAGCGCCAUCUCUAAGGAGGGGAGUCUCCAGGUCGGAGACAGGGUCGUUAGCAUCAACAAUCGUUCUCUGGAGGGAGUAAAGAGUGUGUCGGAAGCGUUAUCACUGUUAGACGACAGCUCGUACGACGGCGCCACGCUCACCGUAUUGAGAUCACUGCCGACCUUACCACGGGCUGUGGACUGUGAGGGCGACUGUAAGGACGACGGGUGCUUCAUACCACCUCCCGACAAUAAGAUUCACACGGAGCACAGCGUGGCAGACUUUGACAGACGAUAUGUGUACCACGUGACCGCGGGCAGCCAGGGGAAGAUCUGCCAGGAUAGGGUAGUGCAUCGUGUUGCAGGCGCGUGGGACAUGCUGAGGGGGAAGAUAGAGGCGGUCACCAGCAAGGGGAAAGACAAACAGAAGGUGCCCGAGUCGGACGCCAUAGCCGAGCUGGACUCCGUCAUAGACAGCUACCACGGGAAGACAAGUGAGUGUAACAUAGACUCAGUAAAAGAGACGAGCAGCGUGUUGAAAAGAUCACGACGGAAAAAUAAGGAAGCACAGAAUGAUGCUAAAAAUGGCGGCACGUGGCCAAAAGCGCGGGCCAACUUUGUGCUAGAAGACAGCGCUACGGGGACGAUAGUGCAGCCUAGGUCAAGGAAAGAGAGACCGCCGCUGUCCAUCCUGCUCAGUCCGCCGACCAAACUGCCGCCUGAACCUCAGAGGUCCAACACCAACAGAAACUCGAACCCCAUACCUCUGGGACACGUGCCCUUGACACAAGUGACCACGCCCGCACGACACUCAGUAUACAAAUCAAUAGAAUCGAGUCCCGCUGUGGAACAUUUCCCGAAACCGGCUCCCUUGGCCAUACAUAACCCCUUCGCUCCGCCAAACAUGAACUUCGAGAAGAAUCGCACUCUGGAAAAGGACAAAAUAUCUAUCAGUGACUACGAACAGGACGUCACUCCGAAUAGAUUGAGUCUAGUAUUGAACCCGUCGGAGGAUUCUCUGUUCUACCAACCGGGCAGGAACCGCACUAAAAGUCCGCACUCCUUAGACUUCAUGGUCAACAAGGGUCCUAAUUCCCUGGACUUUGUAUCCAGAAAAUCACCGAGUUCACUGGACCAUACAAUAAAAAAUCACUCGGGUAAAGAUAUACUCGACUCUUACUAUUCAUCGAAGAAGUCAUCUUCGCCGAAGACGGUCAACAAAUAUCCAUCGGACAGCGACAGCUUCGGGCCCGACAGCUUGAACAGCAACGGGAACUUCCCGAUGACCGGCACGCUGCCCUCACAGUCGCGGCUACAAUCACAAUACUACAGAGGGCCAUUCACUAACUCUAACCCACACUCAUCGAGUCGCUACACGCAUCUGUCGAGUCCCACUAACAUCCCCCAAAGUCAAUCCGGGGAGAGCAUCGGCACGAGCUACGACAUGCACUCGUUCACGUCCCACACGCACAACAUGUCCGACCUACACCCGGUCCCGAGGGUCAACAGGGACUAUCAUCACACAUACGAGGGCGGGACCUUUCCUAGGAAGAAGGAGAACCAGCGGUUCAGAAUACCCUCCAACCCGAGCGUCACAUCCAAGAACUCUGCGGGGAAACUCAGCACCGGCUCCAUAGAACGAAGCUCCGAACGAAAUUCACCGAUGCCGACUUUCCAUGUCGAAGUAUUAAGUCCGGGACGAGGUGCAAAACAAAUGGCCCAUAAAAGUACUAGGAAUUCGAUGCCGGAAUAUUGCGGGCUGGGCUGGAACAAACCGUUGCCGGGAGAACUAAGGCGGGUGCACAUCGAUAAGAGUCAGCAGCCUCUGGGUAUUCAAAUAUACUGUCCGCCGAGCAGCGGGGGCGUGUUCGUGUCCACCGUCAACGAGAACUCCUUGGCCAGCCAGGUGGGGCUGCAAGUUGGAGACCAGUUAUUGGAAGUCUGCGGCAUCAACAUGCGCUCAGCGACGUACACUUUAGCAGCGAGCGUAUUACGUCAGAUAGGAAAUUCCAUAACGAUGUUAGUACAGUUCAGUCCCGAGAAAUACAAGGACGAAAUGGAGGUCCCGGGGAGCUCUUCGUCCGGGGAGAGUUCUCACGACGAAGAGGUUUCCUUAUCCGGGUCUCCCACACCCAGGAACUCGCCCGGACCACAGCAAUCAUUACGAAUGGACGUGCCAUCAACAGACGUGGCUACACUGCGACAGUCGCAGGGUAAUAAAGAUCUACCCAGGUUUCUCUUAAUAGAAAUGCGAAACUGUUCAGAUUUGGGCAUCAGUCUGGUUGGUGGUAACGCCGUGGGUAUAUUCGUGCACAGCGUUCAGAUGGACUCUCCAGCGUACAUCGCGGGAUUGAGGACAGGGGAUCAAAUAUUGGAGUACAAUAACGUGGACUUGAGACGAGCCACCGCUGAACAAGCCGCUUUGGAACUAGCGAAACCGGCGGAUAAGGUGAGCGUGUUAGUCCGACACGACCUCCAGCAAUAUCACGAAAUAAAAGACAAGCCUGGGGAUGCGUUCUACAUUCGAGCGGGUUUCGACCGCUGUGCUAAAAUCAACUCUAUAGGCAUGGACACUAUAGAUGAAUACUCACUGUGGUUCAGAAAAGACGAGGUGCUCUUCGUAGAUAAUACGCUGUUCAAUGGAGCGCCGGGGCUGUGGCGCGCCUGGCAGCUAGACUGUAAAGGGGUCAAGCGACAUUGGGGUACUAUACCCAGCAAGUUCAAAGUGGAAGAUAUUCUGCGUAGAUCAGUGGGUACUUUAGAUAACGAAGCCCAACGUCGAGCUUCAAGUACUGCACGGAGGUCGUUUUUCCGCCGCAAAAAGCAUAGAGACAGUAAAGAAUUGGCGUCCUUCUCUAACACGGAGCUUGGAUGCUGGAGUGACUCCGGGACCCUCGCUGAUGACGCACCGCCGCUAUCAUACCAGAGAGUGGAGAGGCUGCAUUACGGGUCCCGUCGGCCGGUGGCUGUGCUGGGUCCUCUCCGGGAGUGUGUGGCGGGCAAGCUGGUGACUGACUGGCCGCAUGUGUUCGCACGAGCCAGGCCGGACCCGCGAGCUCUGAGGGACCUCGCUGAUAAGGGUAUUCACUGCAUAAUAGACGUCAGCGUGCCUACGAUAGAAAAGCUCCACAAGCAUCAGAUAUAUCCUAUUGUUCUGUUCAUCAAGUUCAAGUCCUUCAAACAGAUCAAAGAAGUUAAAGACACGAGGUAUCCCGCGGAUAAGGUUUCGGCCAAAGCCGCCAAGGAGAUGUACGAACACGGAUUGAAAGUCGAAAACGAAUAUAGGAAUUAUAUAUCAGCCGAGAUCCCCGCGGGCGUGAACAUCGCCUACAUGUGCACACAGAUCAAGGAAGCGGUCGAGGAGGAGCAGAACAAGACGCUGUGGUCAGUGACCUUCUGUGCACACUGUAAAUACGACCGGCAGCCGGCGCCGCUCCCCGACACGGACGUGAGGUACUACUCCGACCCCGGACACCCCGAGCAGCCCAAACAGAAGACCAAGAAGAAACCCAAAGAGACCAAGUACGACGAUAGGACGGACGCCGACCUAAAGUACUACUCGGAGCCGGACGCCAAGUACUUCGAGAUAGACUACGUGUUCCUCAAGGAGCUGAGGAAGAUAGCCCGCAACAACUGUCCCAAGUGUAAGAGGAAGAGGUCGAGGAAGUACGAGGGGAGGACCAAGGAGAGGAGGCAACGAGGAGGCCGGCUGAGAGAGAACUACGUGCUCUGUAACGGACGGUACCACAGCGAGAUGGAGCACUGCCAGCUGUGCUGCAAGAUCUGCAACCGGUCCACAGACACGAUGGACUCAUUAGACGACUACUCACUGGCCUCUAAAAGCUACAGCCUGCCUUCCAGCCGCGCUACCACGAGUUCUCGAUCCAAGUCCACGCCCAGCCGCCGUGACAGGAAGAACUCGAUCCAGUCUAAUAAAUCUGUGUCGUUUCUCGAAUCCAGCACCGAGGAGCUGAAGGCCGAGCCCAACUACACGGCCACGAGCUUCACGAACGAUCUCAAGAAGUUCCUCCUCAAGCCGUCGUCGCCGAGACUCAGCUUGCGAGAGAAGUUCAUGAUCAGCUUCAAACAAGAACUGGAAGCCACCAAGAGGUCACCCAAGCUGCGAGCCAUCAAGGGCCUGUGGAAGUCGUACUGA